AAUCCGUCCCUCGGCCGAGGAGAGGUUGAAAGUUGAGCGUGUUGGAGAUUAUUGAACGAGGGGAGGGGGGGCACGGUCCGAUUUAGCGCGAGUCAUUAGCGCGAGUGCAUCUCGGAGUAGGAAGAUAUUAGAAAGGCGGGGGAAUGGUGUGCGUGCGCGUGUCCUCCUCGGGUUAAAUGGACGUGUGCCGAGGAGGGUGCCCGAGUGGGGGCAGCUACACGCGUGUCGUCGUCGUUUGGUUUUGGUUUUAGUUCCGUGGCAGCCGACGUUGCCGACGACCACGAUCUCCUCCGCCCGAAAACGAUCAACUCCUCCGCAUACUUUCUCCUUCCUCUCCCGAGUGCUGUGUCACGAUAAUCGAGUCGCGUUUGACGCCAGCUGCAUCGAAACAGGAAUACAAUGUUCGCCGAUCGAGCCAGCUGAUCGUGGAUCUAACUUAAACCGCGGGAAAAAGAAGAAGGAAGAGAACGGAGGAGCCGUUUCGCGGCCGAGAUCAAAGUUACGGAGGAAGAGAGAGGAUAAAGGAGAGAAAGAUUGUUUGGACAAAGAAAGGAAUUCGAGAGGAGCGCGUGAAAAGGGACAAAGGGGAUACGGCGCGAAAAAACGUCGGCUCGUUUUCUUAAUCAAAAGAUUUCGUACGCGCCUCGACUAAUAACGAGCACGUGUUGCGUCGAUCGCGCGAAGGAAGAGGAAAAAAGGGACGAGUGGAGAGGAACAUUCCGCGCUGGAAGGUUGGGCGAUGAAGUUCGGCCGCCGCUCCGUCGUGUAGUCGCAUCGAUCGUGGAGAAUGUGUCCGGCGUCGAUUCGUUUCCUGCCGAUCGAGAACGGCGGCGCAACGAGACACCGCUCGUCGAGAAGAGAUCGCGGUUGAUCGGGAGGAGGAUCGGUCGAAUGUCCGCGAGGGUGUCGACCGAGCGCGGGUGGUGGUGGUGGACUCGACUCGAACAACACCUGAUCCUCGCCUCCCGCUUCGAGAUGCGGCGCACGUCGGGACACGUGUUUCUGACAAGUUUGCUGAUACUGCUUCGUCGAGCGGACGCAGCUACCGAGGAUUCCCCCGAAUUCUCCAACAAAGGUACGUCUUCCUUUCACCCCCUUCGAUUCGUAUUCCUCCUGGGUUACGUUCGAGCAUUUACGAUCGAAGCUGAUCCCACUGUAACGAUCGCAACGAGAGCAGAGAGAUUCAUUUCGGCGACCUCGACCGGAUUUUCGAAAAAAGCACGAGUGCCUAUCUUUCGGCGGUCGAAAUAAAAGGAGCCCUUGCUCGAAUUCUUGCCAGAGAAAUUCUAAGAAGAAAGGAACGGAAAUCAGCCUUUAAAAUGAUGUACGCGUGUGUUUGAAGAACAGGCUCGUUGUAUAUUUGGGAUGGACUUUGCCAAGUUUGAUCAGAGGCACCUGAUCUGUCAAAACAGUAUCCUUCUUCUUCUUAUACGAGUGUUUAAAACUGAUUUUCAUUAUCGUUAGAAAACCGUAAAUUCGAGGAAAGAAGGGAGGAGAUCCUCCGUCAUCGAUACACGACGAUCGUGAAACGCAGAAAGCCCCGUUCCGAGCUUAUAGAUUUAUUUUGGUCGGCCGAGCGGGACGUUUGCCCGCGAAGCGAAAGAAUUUGCGCCGCGGUUUAUUUUCGGCGCCGCGCGAAAAAGGCUUCGAUCCCUCCUUUCCAUCCGUCAUACGCUUUCCAAAAUUUAUGAAAACGGGCCCUCCCCGCUCGAAAGAAGAAAGAGCGCCCUCUUCGAAUACCCGAGAUUCGAUCCAGAAUCGCCCUUGCCGCGGAUAACGGGGAUCGCUUCUCUCCCCUCGAGGGGGGAAGUAUUUGGGGAAGCGUAAACAGCAGCCACGAUCCGUCAUCGCGCCGUAACGAAAGCAACAUUUUCCGCGAAAACGAAAGCUCGCCUCUCGCCUAACUUGCCCGCCGAGAAUUUCAAAGAAUUCAGGCGGAAGAGCGUUAAAGAAAUAUUCGAGGAGGGAGAAAGGAACUAAUUACUUCGAAACGUCUCGAUUCCACCGAGGAGACGAGCCAAACGCGAUGAUCCAAUAAGAGCGGACGGAUUCGAGAAGUUUACGGGGAUCCCUUCCCUCCUUCCGGGCAGUGGAGGGGGAAGCCGUCCGUCCGUGGGACGGAUAUCGCGAUAGGUGGCGACAGUUGGAAUUUUAUCGAGCGAGGCGACUUCUUCUUGGGCCGGGAAGCAACAGGUGUCGGGAAUGCGGAAUUACGGCGAGGUUAGAUCGAAGUCGGAUCGAGGCGUCUGUGCGUCGAGGCGCGUAUCGGGAGACAAAAGGCAGGAAGCGAGGGGGGGCGCGCAACGCGACUCGACGGAGCCUCGCCUUAGCCGUGUGGCUCGUAAAUUAGUCGGGUAAAAAACACACGGCCGAAUCGGGUAAAUGAGGAAGCGGUGGAUCGAGAAUGGAGAAUGGAAAUGACGAAAAUAGGCGAGGCGGCGGAAGCGGCGGUUUUCCGAGCGGGUCUACGACUUUCGCUCUUACAGCGCCGCUCAGAUUGGUGUGGGCCAGCAAGGGGGAGGACGUGGAAUUGCCCUGCGACAUUACUCCGCCGACCCCCAACGACACCGUCAACAUGGUUCUCUGGUUCAAAGACACCGCCGGGAUACCUCUUUACAGCUUGGACGCGAGAAGCAGGGAUCUCGCUUCCGCCAUUCACUGGGCGGUCAGCGACGAUCUCGGGAAGAGGACCUACUUUCAAAUCGGCAACGGGCAUCAGGCAAAGUUGAAGGUGACCAAGGUCGCGUACAGGGACCAGGGGAUCUUCAGGUGCAGGGUGGAUUUUAUAAAUUCUCCGACGAGAAACUUUCGCGUGAAUCUGACCCUCGUCGAGGAACCAUCCAGGCCUGUGAUAUACGACGCUCAGGGGCGAGAGGUGACAGGGGUGGGCGGACCCUUCUUGGAAGGUUACAACCUCGCCUUGAUCUGCCAGGUGUCCGGAGGAAGGCCGAAGCCCACGGUCACGUGGUGGAUGGACGGCGAAAUAUUGGACGGCGUGGACGACACGCCGCACGUCGGCUCGCCGAGCAAAUUCACGGAGAAUCAACUUUUCAUCGCGAACGUGACGAGAUCGUUGUGGGGAAAGAAGCUGGAGUGCAGGGCGCAAUCGCCACCGAUGUCCUCUCCGAUCGUUCGCGAAGUCCCGCUGGACAUUUACCUGAAACCGGCCCUCGUAAAGAUCGUUCUGCCGGAGGAUCAGAUCUACGCGAAUCGGCCGAUCACGGCGCGCUGCGAGACAUGGGGGAGCUCGCCCGCGGCGAGGGUGGUGUGGAGGCUGGGCAGACAGGUGAUUGGCGACUCGAACGUGUCCACCACCCAGAGAAGCAAUUCCACGGUCAGCAAACUGCCUCUGAUCCUCGGCAAGGACGACAAUGGCAGGAAAUUAACUUGCAGGGCCGAGAAUCCGAGAUUUCCCGGCGGGGUCCUCGAGCAGACCGAGAUCGUGGACGUUGCCUACGGCCCGGUCGUGUCCAUCGACCUCGCAACCGGCUACGGUCUGGACACGCUCAGGGAAGGAGACGAUCUGAAAUUCGUGUGCGACGUGGACAGCAACCCGCCCCCGACCAGUAUCGUUUGGUAUCACAAGGAUAAUCGAUUGGAGCACGAUGUGGCCGAGGGAACGUUGAUAGCCUCGAACACGUUGACGUUGAGGGUGCUCACUCUGGCCCACGCAGGCGAGUACUCGUGCGAGGCGAUCAAUUCCGUGGGUGGGGGUCGCAGCCCGCCGAUCUUGGUCCGCAUGAAAUAUGCCCCGAGAUGCAGGGGGGGUUACGAGAGGCGCGAGGUCACAGCCGGUCGUUACGAAACGGUGUCGCUGCGUUGCGAGGUCGACUCGGUUCCCAAGGACGGCGUGAGGUUCUCGUGGACGUACAACGGGACGCUUGGUGACGUGUUGCCAAUGCCAAACUCGAAAGCUCGGAACAACGGGCUCGUUAGCGUUCUCGAGUACACUCCCACCGUUGACACCGACUUUGGAACUCUCGCCUGCUGGGCGAGCAACAGCGUCGGAAGACAAAGGGCGCCUUGUAUAUUCAACAUCGUGGCUGGAAAGCCACCGCAGCCGCCAUCCGACUGCUCGCUCAACAACGAGACCACCUCCCUCCAAGUGAAUUGCGUCCCAGGCGCGGACGGUGGCACGCCGCAGUACUUUUUGCUGGAAGUUCGGGGGACGGCGAGGAGGGAUCCAGUUCAAAGCUCCGCUUAUUCGCCCACCCUGCACGCGCCCCAGAGCGACCAGGGCACGGUGGGAGGCGAGGCGCCUCCCAUAUACCAAGAGAGAAAUCCAAGGCCGAGUUUCCAGAUACGAGGCCUCGACCCGGGCCUCGAUUACACGUUUUACGUGUACGCGGUGAACGGGCAGGGGAGAAGCGAGCCGGUCCUCUUGGAGAACGUGAGGGUCGCCGAGGUGACGGGCGAAGGGAGGAUCGAGAGGAACGGCCUGUUCCUCGAGGACCUGAAGAAGGCGCUGCCCAAGAGCAGCCCGGAGAACGUGAUCAUCGUGGUCGCGUUGACAGGUACAGGUGCGGUUGCUUUGAUCUUGAUCGGGAUCGGCGUGAUAAUCGGGCUGGCCAUCUGCAGGAGAAGGAGCGCGUUGCCUGUAAAGGAUGGGCCGGACGAUUUCACCAUCCCCACCUACGUUUCCGCUCAAAGGAUCGAGCCAAGGAUCAGAUACUCGGGCGACAGCAGGCGGGUGUCCCAAAGAGCGAGCUUGUACAUGGAGGAAAACCGAAACGAGCCCGAUCUGCUGCAGAGGGUCGAGAUCGACGUACACGAUUAACGAUUUAUUAUCGUUUCCUCUUGUACAGACAGAAGUAAGCGAGAAGUAAAAGAGAAGUACGCGUUAUACGCUUUUCGCGACGUGAUGUGUAUAUAUCAGGUGUCUAUUCCCUUAGGAUACGUAAUAAGUAUUAAUUUAAGUUGGGUUAAGAUAAGACGAUUCAUCGUGAUCCUUUUAUCCGAUGAUAACUUUACACUGUUUCCACGAUUCCUGUACCUGUUUGUCGUUUAAAAAAACGAUGACGAGCUCUGGACUGGUUGUUACAUUUCUCUUCUUCUUGUGUAAUUUACGUGCCUUUAUUUCUAUUUUUUGGACAAAGAAAGUAUUAUUAGAACAAUCGUAGCUCGAUCAGCUGUUCUCCUCGCGUUAAAUAAUAAUUUAACUUGAGCUUGCCGCUUCGAACGAAUGAUCUCACGUACCUCAACGUGGAACGUAUUUCUUACGUAUGUAUCACCUAGGAACCGAAACGCUUACGUAAUUGUGUAAAUAGCGCAUAAGAAAAAGGAAAGAAAGUGGGAAAAAAGAGAUACCGACGUUGUAAUUACUAGCGAUAUAGGAAAUAAAUUUUUACCAAAA